AUCACAUGCUUGGCUCUUGCACACCACACUGUUGUUGAUUGUGUGCGCUUUGAUCUGGGUGCAUCUCAUAUGCAAUACUUUCCUUCUUUCUUUCUUUCUUGUUAAGGGAGGCAUGAACUUGCAGAGAGAUUCGCUGCAUGAUUCACAUAUAUGCUGAGUCAAAAGAGCUCCAGUGAUCUGCACAGGCAGUGAGGCACAAGUCAACCAUUGUUUUGCUGAGCACACUGAGCACAUUUAAAGGAGAAGAGACUUAGAAGAGAAGAGAAAAGAAGAGAGAAAGAGGGUGGCUUGCCUAAUGGCAGAGAGCUAGUUGUCCCAGUGAGGUCAGGUCGGACAGGAGGUCAUGGGUUCAUUUACGCUGGGGAAAGCUGCUUCUCUGGAGCUACUGCUGGAAGCCUGCAUUCAUGCGUUUGAUGAUGAAGGAGAGCUGCAUGAAAAUCAGCUUCCCAGAACCCUUCUGCUGAUGCAUCGCUGGUAUGUGUCCUCCACCGAGCUCGCUGGGAAACUUCUGAUUAUGUAUCGUGACUGUCGGGGAGAUGACUGCCAGCGGACACGACUGAAGAUCUGCUAUUUAAUGAGGUACUGGAUAGCUGAAUUCCCUGCAGAGUUUGAUCUGGAUCUGGGUUUGAUCCGUCUUACAGAAGAAUUUCGAGAUGCAGCCGCUCAGCUGGGUGGUGAUGAGCACAUUAAACUACUUGACAUUUCUACAAUCCCCUCGUAUGACUGGAUGCGUAAACUGACUCAGCGAAAGAAGCAGGUGAAGAAGGGUAAAGCGUCACUGCUGUUUGAUCAUCUGGAACCCAUUGAGUUGGCCGAACACCUCACCUUCUUAGAGUACAAGUCCAUCAGGAGGAUAUCGUUCACAGAUUACCAGAGUUAUGUGAUUCACGGCUGUCUAGUAGAUAACCCCACAUUAGAGCGCUCCAUCGCUCUGUUUAACGGGAUCUCCCAGUGGGUUCAACUGAUGGUUCUCAGUAAACUUACCCCUCAGCACAGAGCAGAGGUCAUCAACAAAUACAUCCAUGUUGCACAGAAACUGCUCCACCUACAGAACUUUAACACGUUGAUGGCUGUGGUCGGGGGUCUGAGUCACAGCUCUAUUUCCCGCUUGAAGGAAACUCAUUCUCACCUCAGCCCAGAGGUCACCAAGAUCUGGAAUGAAAUGACAGAGCUGGUUUCGUCAAAAGGCAAUUACUGUGCUUACCGCAAAGCCUUCAGUGAAAGCGAAGGGUUUAAGAUCCCAAUCCUAGGUGUUCACCUGAAGGACCUGAUCGCCGUGCACGUGGUCUUCCCAGACUGGGUGGAGGAUGGGAAAGUGAACAUUGUGAAGAUGCAGCAGCUGUAUCUCACCUUUAAUGAGCUGGUGUCCCUGCAGAGCGCUGUGGCUCAGGUGGAGCCCAACAUGGACCUGAUCUACCUGCUCACUCUGUCCUUGGAUCUGUACUACACAGAGGAUGAAAUUUAUGAGCUGUCCCUUCUUAGAGAACCCCGUAACCCUAAAUCUCAGCCCACCUCACCCACAACGCCCAACAAACCUAUGGCUCCGCUGGACUGGGCCUCUGGGGUCACCACCAAACCAGAUCCCUCGGUGGUCAACAAACACAUCAGGAAAGUCGUGGAUUCUGUCUUUCGUAACUACGACCAUGACCAUGACGGAUACAUAUCUCAGGAAGACUUUGAGAGUAUUGCUGCAAAUUUCCCUUUCCUCGAUUCCUUCUGUGUGCUUGAUAAAGACCAGGAUGGAUUGAUCAGUAAGGAUGAGAUGAUGGCAUAUUUCCUGCGUGCCAACCCGCUGCUGCAGUGUAAGAUGGGGCCUGGUUUUAUUCACAACUUCCAGGAGAUGACUUACCUGAAGCCAACAUUCUGUGAACACUGCGCUGGAUUUCUCUGGGGAAUUAUUAAACAAGGAUACAAGUGCAAAGACUGUGGUGUGAACUGCCAUAAACAGUGUCGUGAGCUGCUGGUUUUGGCGUGUCGGCGUCUCCCUCGGUCAACUUCGCUGGGCAAUGUGUCUCCUGGAGCGCUCACACACAGUUCUUUACCCAGCAGCCCCAGCCUGCCCACCUGUAAAGAUGAUGAUGAGGUGUUUACAUUCCCUGCCGUGUCAUCGUCAUCGGGCUCAGACCUGGAGGGAAAGUCCAUCACCCUGAUGACUGGUUCAGCCCAGCGCAUCUCAGUGCGGCUCCAGAGAGCCACCACCAGUCAGGCCACGCAGACAGAACCCCUGUGGCCCGAAAAUGGCUGGGUGGCCGUCGCAGACAGCGGGUCACAUACCUUCCCCAAAAUGAGAUACAGGCCUCACCGCAAAGCGUCCAAGAGCAAAGGCUUUGCUCGCUGGGAGAACGACACGCAGUGUUCGGCAGCGACGAGGAACAGCAGGAACUCACAGGAGCACAGCGAAGAGUCCCAGCAGAACGGACUCACAGAACAACAUAUGAACAAAACCAGGACCUCUGAGAUCAGCUGACUUGACUGCUCUGUGGGCCCAUGCAGGACACCCUGGAGCCUGUCAGGACCACGGCCCAGAGGGCUGUCCGCUCUAGGGGGCGUGCUGGGGUGCCUCAUGCCUUCAGUGGAUCAGGAAUAGGGGCACUAUUUCCACAGCCACAGUAAAAGAGGGGCGGCAGGCAACCCGCUGACUGAACUGGGGGAAGGGUUGCAUCAAAGGAAAGGUCUCGGACUAAAUAGGGAGUGACUGCGCUGUGCUGUCCUGGUUGGACAUCUAAGUGAGAAUCACUGGAAGCUGAUGUGACGGAUACAUCAGUGUGAUAACAGAUGAGUGAGCAAGAGUAUUUAAGGUAUGCUGUUGAUGUGUUUGCGACGCACACUCUGAUUUUUGUUUUCCAAAAACACUACUCUGAAAGGACACAGUGGAUGUGAAGGUUAUAUUCAGGUUGUCUGAAGUCGAAAGUGGAACUGGGAAAGAUGAAGAUGAACGCAUGUAUGAUCGAACAUUAAAACACUAACUUAAUUUAUGUGUUACCCAGCAACACAUUAUGGUCUGAAGUGGAAGGUACGUCAAGUUUUAAAACCCUUUACCCCAAAUAUAAUUAUAAAAACCACUUACACUGUAUUACAGAUUGUAUCUCCAAUGGUUUGCACCAUAGUUGUGUCUCCUGUGCUUGCAGACAAGUAACCUCUGACCUUAUGCAUCAUUACAUCAGCACUGCUUAGCAACAUUGAUAGCUAUGUAAUGUAUGUACGGUUGAAAAGAUACAUGAAUUCAAAGACUUCAAUUCUGCUGACACAGGUGUGCCGUCAGCCAGGUGUUUAUAUGGCCUCUGUUGCUAAGCACCAGAUGAGUCCAUCUAUAGUCUGUUGCCAAGGCAACACACUGUCCUUCAGCGCCAUAUGUUCUGAAAUAAGUUUGACACCCGACAGCCUCAGAUGGGACAAGCCUCAUACGAUCAUUUUGGCAGACAGUGUGUGUGAGAGAGCCCACGCAGGUGGAUCAACAGAUGAACUAAGACAAACAGUGAUUAUAGUGAGUCUUUGAGCCUAUAGGAUUAGAUGCUCUUCUGGCACCACAUUUGCAGAUUUAAAGAAACAUUUCCCCAAAAAAAUUAACAUUCUGUCAUUAUUUACUCACCCUCAUGGCCUUGUAACUAAAAUUAGUUUAUUUCUUGUAUUUAUUGUGGGAAACAAAAGGAUUUUUAUCAAAAAGGCUGCCCUUUCUUGAUACAAUGAAAGUUAAUGGUGACCAUGUCUGUCAGGCAAGAUUUUCACUGAAUAUCAGCUUAACGGGAUUGUUCACCCUAAAACAUGUUGUUCCAAACCUGUAAGACCUUUGUUCAUCUUCAGAACACUCGUUAAGAUAUUUCUGAUGAAAUCCAAGAUCUUUCUGACCCUCCAUAGUCAGCAACACAAUCAACACAUUCAAAGCCCAGGAAGGUACAGUAGUAAGGACAUUGUUGAAAUAUUCCUUAUAUAAAAUAGCUCUGUAAAAUCUAUAAAAUAGAGAAAGGAUAUUCUUGCAGCUUCAUAAAACUACAGUUGAACCACUGAUGUCACAUGGACUAUUUUAACGAUGUCCUUACUACCUUUCUGGGCCAUGAACCUGUCGGUUGCGUUGCUGUCUAUGGAGGAUCAGAAAGCUCUUGGAUUUCAUCAAAAAUGUCUUAAUUUGCAUUUCGAUGAUGAACAAACAUCUUACGGGUUUGGAACGACAUGAGGGUGAGUAAUUAAUGACAGGAUUUUUCAUUUUUGGAUGAAUUAUCCCUCAGUUUAUUCCUCUCAAAAAAUAUAUUGAAGGCUUAUGAAGACUUGGCAGGAGUUGUAUGUACUGUACAAGUAUGGUAUUUUUUUUUCCCAUUCACUUUCAUUGUAUGGAAGAUAGCAUCUUAAAAGAAGUCUUCACAAAAGAAAGUCAUGGUUUGAAACAACAUAUGAAUAAUUAAUUUAAAUGAAUGCAGAGUUAAAGGGAUACUCCACCCCAAAAUGAAAAUUUUGUAAUUAAUCACUUACCCCCAUGUUGUU